CGCUCAAUCGUCGUUUCUCUGGACAUUCAAUGUAAUUUCGUAGUAUUCCGAGCGCUCAGUUCUCCCUCGCAAAAUGGCAGUUUAACGUGCAGCGGCUUAUCUAGCAGCGGCAACAACCCGGCAGUGCAACAGUCAAGCACUGGCUUUUUUACGCAAAAUGGCGUCUCUCAAACCAACCACCCUCAGCUCUGCUGUUGUCUACCACAGCACGAUAUCACCGUUCCCCCUAACGACGACAACGUCAGAAGACUCUCUGUUAUCCUGUUAUAAUUCACUGUUACUGUUGACAAGCGCCAGAAGAAGCAGUCAUGUCCCUGUUGAGUUCCCAACUGGCCUUGGAGGACGUUGGGGCCCAGUUACUGGACAACUGGUUUCUGACGGCUGACCCCAUGGGGCCCCGUCUGGACCAAGAUGAAGAGGAUGAUCUACCCCCCUCUCUCUCCUUCUCUUCUUCCAGCUCCCUCUCUCUCUCCAACUCUUCUGCCUCCUCCCUCUCUCCCUCCUUUAGUUUGUCUCCUUCCCCCUCCCAUCUCUCGUUCUCCCCCCCUCCUCCCUCGUUCCUGGUGAGCAGCAAGGCCGGGUCCGGGGUAGAGGAUCAACUGAUGCCGUUGACUCCAUGGCUGGAAGCUAGCGAGCUGCUCGAUGCCCACAUGGGAACAAACGGCUGCAGAGAUGAUGCGUUUUCGGGCAUGGACUGGAUGGCUGAGAAGAUAGACCUGAGUGAUUUCGACCUGGACUCUCUGAUUGGCUCCUGUUGUUCCGAUGCCCCGCCCAGUUCCCCCGAGGAGCUCCUGGCCUCCCUGGAGACCCACAUGGACCUAGACCUGGUACACCCUUUCACUGUCCCAAUCCCUGCCCCACGCGAGGAGCUCCUGGCCUCCCUGGGCAGCCCUCUGGCCGACCUACCCCCUUUGGUUCUCCCCUCCCUGGAGCUCCCUGAAGAAGAGGUAAAGGAUGAGGUCAGAGGUCCAGUGGUGACGGUUCAGGAUCAAGAGGUUGUGGUGAAGUCUGAGCCACAGUCCCCAGCACCCCUUUCUCCGGCUCCCCUCUCCAUGGGGUAUACCCUCGAGCUGGGGAGCGAAGUGGACGUUGAUGUCUUGGAAGUCGAGACCACCGACACUCCAACCACCAUCAUCCCGGAGCCCAGCUACCGCCUCCAGACCACCGCCCCUGUUGUCCUCUCCGGCCACUUCGUGGUGGUCCUCUCCCCUAAAGAGGAGCCAACCAUCCUCCCCACAUCAACCCUCUCUUCCUCAGCCUCCAGUAGCUGUGAUGACCAGUCUGAUGACAGCGAUUCUGGCAUCGACUCUGUAUCUGGCUCCCCUCCUCGCCACCCAUCUUCAUCCCCCUCUCCUUCUCCCUCCAUAGCCGGGUCCUCCAGGACCAAACCCUACUCCAAACCCGACCCCAAGACUACAUCCCCCACAACCCUCAGUGGCAAGGUCAAAUCAGUAUCCGGGGCACCCAAGGUCGUGGAGAAGAAACUCAAGAAGAUGGAGCAGAACAAGACGGCGGCGACACGCUACCGACAGAAGAAGAAGGGCGAACAGGAAGUGCUGAGUGCAGAGUGUUCCGAGCUGGAGCAGAGGAACCGUGAGCUGGCAGAGAAGGCUGAAGGCAUCAGCAGAGAGAUCCAGUACCUCAGAGAUCUGAUGGAGGAGGUCCGCUCAGCCAAGAACAGGAAGAAGACCGCUGUUAGUGUGGCGUAGUCAGCGGAAAUUAUGGAUAGAACGAAGGAAAGAAAGAAUGAGGGAAUGCAUGGAAUGAGAUCCAGUACCUCGUGGAGGAGGGGCUACGUCCUGGUUAUCCACCCUUCUCCCAAAGUGUACACUUGCAUACUUGCUGUCUAUGAUGGGAAGUUUGCAUUUGCAUGCUUUGGGAGAAGGGUGAAGAAUCGAGAAGGCAGUCGGGGAAUGGCUAGAAAGAUGACAGAAAAGUUGAUGAGAUUAUUAUUGGGGAGAAGAUGUGGGACUGAGAUUUUAGUCAGGCGACGCAUCAGUCAUGCUGGUCUGUUCUGUAUUAACCCUAUCAGAGCGUUACACUGGUAUACAUACACACAUGUAUGGUAUAUGUGUUGGUUAGGACUAGGCCAUGGUUACUGCGUAGGUAGGAAAAUGUAGAAUUACGACGACGACAAAUGAGUACGGCUACACUCUUACCAGUCUCCAACCCACAACCUUCCCAAAAAAGAUUUCCUCCAGUUUCAAAGACCAGUUACAACCAAUCCCCCUCCCCCCAACUGUCACCCUACUGUUACUCUUACCCCCCUCCCCCUUUACUCUUACCCCUCUCCUCCCCUUACUCUCCCCCUCUUUUCUCAUUACCCCACUACUCUGACUUCUUCUAUGCAGCUUUAGUCCAGAAAGGGGCCUCACCCUGUUGCAGAUUUUUUGUUACACUGAAUUCCUUCUGUCACAAUGUUAUGUUUGGUAUGUAUAUAUCUUCACCUGAACUCUACUCUGGCAUCAUCUUGAUUUUAUUUAACGCUGGAUAGUAGAUAACCAUCCGUCUACUAGACUCUCCUAGACCUAGUUGGCAUCUCUAGUGUCGCUUUUAGGUACGUUUGUUUGGCUUGUAUAAAUGCUUUGCUAUUGUUUACUAUUAAAACUCCUUAUUGA